GGAUAAACGCGGUGGACCAAUCCUGACAUUCCCCGCCAGGACCAACCAUGAUCGAAUAAAACAGGAAGACCUCAGCCGAUUGGUCACUUACCUGGCGACCAUUCCCAGCGAGGACGUGCGUGCUCGUGGCUUCACGGUGGUGGUGGACAUGCGUGGCAGUAAGUGGGACAGCGUAAAGCCGGUUCUACGGACACUGCAGGAGUCGUUUUCCUCAAACAUCCACACAGCGCUGCUCAUCAAACCAGACACCUUCUGGCAGAAACACAAGACCAACCUGGGCAGCGCCAAGCUCAGCUUUGAGACCAGCCUGGUGUCGGUGGAGGGUCUGUCUCGGCUUGUCGACCCCUCUCAGCUGACCGCUGACCUCGGCGGCUCCCUGGAGUACGACCAUGUGGAAUGGACCGAGCUGCGUCUGGGUCUGGAGGAGUUUACGGGGGCCGCCACACAGCUGCUGGCCCAACUGGAGCAGCUGGAGGCCGGGCUGAACCGCAUACCGGAGCCCCAGGAUGUCGAUGAGGCCCGCAAACUUUUGGAGGAACACGGUCGUCUCCGUAACACCAUUGCCACGGCACCAGUUGACGCCCUUGAGCGAGAGGGGAGGAGCUUGCUCCAGCGCAUGCGUCUAGGCCCCUCCCAUGGCGACACCGCUACCGAAGGCGGCGGUGGCGGUGGAAGUCACGGCAGCUGGCUGUCAGGUGGGGCGGACUUCCAGAGUGUUGCGCCCAAGGUUUCCUCUCUGCUGGACCGGCAGCAGGCAGCUCGCAGUCACCUGCUGCAGAGUUGGAGCGACAGGAAGUUGCACCUGGACCAGGCGCUGCAGCUGCACCUGUUCGAGCAGGAUGCCACCAAGAUGUCGGAGUGGAUCGCUCACAGUAAGGAGCUGUUUGUUCAGAGUCUGUCCGAGGUCGGGCAGAACCACCAGCACGCCAUUGACCUCCAGACGCAACACCAGCACUUCACCGCCAACUGCAUGAAUGGCAGUGUAAACGUGGACAGCGUGGUCACUGUGGCAGCGAGGCUGGCCGAGGCCGGUCACUACGGGGCGGAGAGGAUCGCCAUGGUGUCGUCACAUCUACAGGAGGACUGGAAGUCCCUGACCACGGCGCUGGAGGAACGCAGCAACACACUCGCCAUGGCAACAGGCUUCCACCAGGGGGCGGAGCAGUUCCUGCACAGAGUGGAGGGUUGGGUUCAGGCGUGCUCUGAAGGUUUGCUGCCGUCUGCCACGGCAGAGCUGGAAGCUGCCACCAAGAAACAUCAGGACCUGAACGAGGAGAUCUCUGCCAACUACACACAGGUCAGUGAGAGCGGUAAAGCCUUAUUGGACGUCCUCCAGCGUUGCCCGGCGAGCGACUCCGAAGACUCCAAACCAGACUUCACUGCUGCCACGCACGGCAUCAUGGGAGUUCUGCACCAGGUCAUGCAGGGUCACCAUGAGGUGGAGGGGGCGUGGCAGCAUCGUAAGCUCCGCCUCCACCAGCGUCUGCAGCUGUGUGUGUUUCAACAGGAUGUUAGACAGGUGUUGGACUGGGUGGAGCAGCAUGGUGAGGUUUUCCUGAACAAACACAGCGGUGUGGGGAAGUCUUUGCACCGAGCGCGAGCGCUGCAGAAACGCCAUGACGACUUCCAGCAGGUUGCACAGAACACUUACACUAAUGCAGAGAAGCUUCUGGAAGCAGCAGAUCAGCUGGCUCAGUCUGGAGAGUGUGAGGAAGAGGAGAUCUACCAGGCAGCCCGAGACCUGGAGCUCCGCAUGCAGGCGUUCAUACAGAAAGUUGAACAGAGAAAGCUGCUGCUGGACCUCGCUGUGUCUUUCUACACACACACCAAGGAGCUGUCAGUGUGGAUGGAGGGCCUCCAGAAGCAGCUCUCCUCAGAUCUGUGUGUUUGUCCGGAGACGGUUGAGGCUCUUCAGGCUCUGAUCAGCCAGCAGCAGCAGCAGCAGGCCAACACGCAGGAAGCUGCGAUGAGUGUCAUCCGAGAAGGAGAAGACCUCAUCCUGCAACUCAGGCCUCAAGGCAGCUCGGUGGCCCAUGUGGAGACAGUGCUGCAGCAGCUGGAGGAGUCUCACGUUCAGCUGGAGGAACUGUUCCACCAAAGGAAGAUCCGACUGGAUGUUUACCUGCAGCUGCGCAUCCUGCAGCAGUGCACUCUGGAGGUGACGGGGGAAAUGGACGCGUGGAAGCAGGACCUUCAGAAACAGUCCCAGGACUUCUCCGCGGAGAAGCUCGCAGCCCCACGGCUCAACGACGCCAACCAGGACAAGCUAGCACCGGAGAAGUUAGCACUAGGCCAGUCGCGGCUGGUUGAGGCUAGCCCCGAGGUGCUAACGCUAGCACAGCAGCGCAUCCACAGGCACAUGGAGCGAAGGCUGGCCAUGAACAACAUGAUCUAUGAGGUCAUCCAGCAAGGUCACGACCUUCAGCAGUACAUCAACGAGGUGCAGGCAUCAGGGAUUGAGCUGUCGGAGGUGGAGGGCGGUCUUUCAUCUCAGGUGGAGGAGCUGCAGCGCCUCCUGCAGGACAAACAGAAGGAGCUGCAGCAGAUCGCAGAUCACACACACACACACCUGGAGCAGAACCUGCAGCUGAGACACCUGCAGAGCCAGGUCAAACAGGUGCUCGGCUGGAUCUCAGAGGGCGAGGUCAUGUUGUCGUCCUGCAUGUUGAACUCCAGCUGUCUGUCUGAAGCCGAGCAGCUUCAGAGGGAACAUGAGCGCCUCCAGCAGGCCAUCGAGGCUCUGCUCCACGCCGACUCCCUGCAGAGGACUCACCAGGUGGCUCUGGCUCUGCAGCAGAGAGCAGAGCUGCUGGUCAGGUCGGGCCACUAUGACCCCGAUGCAGUGAGGUCCUGUGCCCAGACGGUGGCGCUGCACUGGCAAACCCUGAUGCUGAGGAUUGAGGACAGACUCAAACUGGUCAACGCCUCCGCAGCCUUCUACAGGACGUCCCAGCAGGUGUGCGGGGUGCUGGAGAGUUUGGAGCAAGAGUACCGCAGGGAGGAGGACUGGUGUGGAGGAGGAGAGAGGCAGCCGGAGCUCCUCCUGCCACUGGUCAGCAAACACAUGGAGCAGAAGGAGGCGUUCCUGAAGGCUUGCACUCUGGCCAGACGGAAUGCCGAAGUUUUCCUGAAGUACAUCCACCGCAACAGCGUCACCAUGGCUAACAUCUCGGGCCACAGCGUCACCGUGUCUGGGGUGACGGGGGUCACCGAGGUCACAGGGCACUCCAGGGUACCGGAGCAACAGGUCAAAGGUAUUCUCAGCGAGCUGCUCCAGAGGGAGAACAGAGUUCUUCAUUUCUGGACUUUAAAGAAACGCAGACUCGAUCAAUGCCAGCAGUACCUGAUGUUCCAGAGCCACGCCCAGCAGGCUCUUGAUUGGCUGCAGCAGUCAGGUGACCACUACCUGGCCACACACACAUCCCCGGGUACAACAGUGGCUGAGACGCAAGAGCUGCUGAACCAAUACAGAGAGUUCUGUGUGUCCGCCAAGCACACCCAGGAGAAGGUCCACUUGCUGAUCCAAUUGGCUGAAAGCAUGCUGGCAAAAGGCCACGCCCACCGCACGGAGCUACGUCGCUGCGUCUCCACAGUGGACAAGCGUUACCGUGACUUCACUGUCAGGAUGGGGCAGUACCGCCACCUCCUGGAGACGGCGCUGGGAGGCUGCUCGCAGGACAAUAAGGACCUGGAGCUGGAGCUGAUCCCCAACAGUCUGUCUGACUCUGACCCCGAGGUCAACCUGUCCGACCCCAGUCAUCAGGUCAGCGACGAGAAGAGACGCUCCGCCCGCAAGAAGGAGUACAUCAUGGCGGAGCUGCUUCAAACAGAGAGAGUCUACGUCAGAGAUCUGCAGGAGUGUAUCGAGACGUACCUGUGGGAGAUGACGAGUGGCUCAGAGGACGUCCCACCGGGUCUCACCAACAAGGACGACAUCGUGUUCGGAAACAUCCAGGACAUCUACGAGUUCCACAACAGUAUUUUCCUGAAGGAGCUGGAAAACUACGAACAGCUUCCUGAGGAUGUUGGACACUGCUUCGUUACCUGGGCUGAUAAGUUCCACAUGUACGUGACGUACUGCAGAAACAAACCAGACUCCAGUUUACUGAUCCAGCAGCACGGCGUCGGAUUCUUCGAGGAGGUCCAGAGGAGACACGGUCUGGCCAACUCCAUCUCCUCGGCUCUCAUCAAACCAGUUCAGAGGAUCACCAAAUACCAGCUGCUGCUCAAGGAGUUGUUGGCGUGCUGCGAGGAGGGGAAGGGUGAGAUAAAAGAAGGCCUGGACGUGAUGCUGAGUGUCCCGAAGAGAGCAAACGAUGCCAUGCACGUCAGCAUGCUGGAAGGUCUGGAGGAGGGUCUGGAGGUGCAGGGUGAGCUCCUCCUGCAGGACUCCUUCUUGGUCUGGGAGCCGAAGUCUCUGAUCAGGAAGGGGCGGGACAGACACCUCUUCUUGUUUGAGCUGUCACUCAUCUUCAGCAAGGAGAUCAAAGACUCGUCUGGACGAACGAAAUAUCUCUACAAGAGCAGACUCAGGACCUCAGAGCUUGGUGUCACAGAGCACAUUGAAGGCGAUCCCUGUAAGUUCGCUCUGUGGGUGGGACGAACGCCAACAUCUGACAACAAGACGGUUCUGAAGGCGUCCUCGUUAGAGCUGAAGCAGGAGUGGGUCCGCAGCAUUCGUCAGGUAAUUCAGGAGAGGCGGGGCCACCUGCGGGGGGCGCUAAGGGAGCCCAUCCCCCUCCCGAAGACACCCAAUCCCACCCUGGGGCGACAGCGCAGCAUCAGCCGCAGGGAGACCAGUGAGGAUGCAGACAGUCUGGGUGAUGCCAGCAGUCAGCCUGACACCGUCUCCAUCGCCUCCAGAACUUCACAAAACACAGCCGACAGCGACAAGCUGUCCGGAGGUUGUGAGCUAGUGGUGGUGUUGUUGGACUUCUCGGCCGGAGGAGCAGGAGAGCUGAGCGUGCGCUGUGGGCAGACCGUGGAGCUGGUGGAGCGCUCAGCAGAACGACCAGGCUGGUGUCUGGCCAGGACCACGGAUCAGACGCCCCAGCAGGAGGGCUUGCUGCCGAUGAGCGCCCUCUGCCUGUCACACUCCCACAGUGCAGCUGACAUGGAGGGGCUCCUCCCGCCCUCAACCACCUCCUCCAGCACCUCCUCAUGCACCACCACCUCCUCCUCCUGUAACUCCUCCUCCACCACCACCACCACAACCUCCUCGUCCUCCAGCGCCUCCAAUGCCUCCUCUAACGUCAGCGCCGGGCGGGACUCCGCUCUUUAUGGCUCUGAAGGUUCGGCUCUCCAGACGACCGGACAAAGUGCCACCUCCCCCACCGUGUACGGAGUGGGCGGGGCUCCGGGCGGCGCCGUUAGCUCCCCAGGGCCCAAACGCAGCGGCUCCGGAACUGGAAACACCCUGAAGCGUUGGUUGACCAGUCCGGUACGGAGGCUCAGUCAGGGAAAGGCUGACGGACAGAAGAAACCACCAAUCAGAACCAGGAGGCGGGACAACAGGCCAGAGCAGACCACGCCCCUCACCGGCAACGCACAGGCGGCGAGGAAGGAAGAGGCGGGGCAGAGUGGUGGGGAGGAGGAGCCAGAGGAGGAAAGCCACACCCCUUUACCUCCUCCCAUGCAGAUCAUCAAAGACCCAAACAACCCCGAGGCUCUGGAUUCAGAUCAGGGCUCCAACGAGUCGGACACCGAGCAGAGAAAUAAAGCCCUGAGAGGACGCAUGUUUGUGGUGAACGAGAUGAUCCAAUCAGAGAAGGACUACGUGAAGGAUCUGGGUGUGAUCGUUGAGGGCUUCAUGUCCCGACUCGAGGUCCGAGGGAUCCCGGAGGACAUGAGAGGAAAAGACAAGAUCGUCUUCGGAAACAUCCAGCAGAUCUACGACUGGCACCGCGAUUUCUUCCUGGUGGAGUUGGACCGAUGUGUCCAGAAUCACGAUCUGCUGCCCGACCUCUUCAUCAGACAUGAGCGCCGCCUCCACAUGUACGUGGUUUAUUGUCAGAACAAGCCGAGGUCGGAGUUCAUCGUCAUCGAGUAUGAGACCUUCUUUGAGGAGAUCCAACAUGAGAUCAGUUGCAGGAUGUCCAUCAGCGAUUAUCUGAUCAAACCCAUCCAGAGAAUCACCAAAUACCAGCUGCUGUUAAAGGAUUUUCUCAAAUACACGUCCAAAGCAGGACUCGACUGUGAGGAGAUCGAGAAAGCAGUGGAGCUGAUGUCACUGGUGCCGAAGCGUUGCAACGACAUGAUGAACCUGGGACGUCUACAGGGAUACGAGGGGAAAUUGACGUCUCAGGGGAAGCUGCUGCAGCAGGAGACCUUCUGUGUUUGGGAGCAGGACGGGGGAGUUUUAUCUCGCAGUAAAGAGCGCAGAGUUUUCCUUUUCGAGCAGAUCAUUAUUUUCAGCGAACUUCUGCGCAAAGGCUCCAACAACCCGGGAUACCAGUUCAAGAACAGCAUUAAGGUGAGUUACCUGGCAAUGCAAGACAGCGUGGAUGGUGACCCCUGUAAGUUUGUGUUGUGGUCUCGUGGCUCGGCGGAGCGCUUCACGCUGCAGGCGUCCUCUGCCAGCAUCAAGAUGACGUGGGUGGAGACCAUCGGCACCCUGUUGGAUGCACAGAACAACUUCUUGUCAGCUCUUCAGUCUCCCAUUGAGUACCAGAGGAAGGAAGGUGGGAUCUCCGUGACCCGGCCUCUGUCGUCAGGACGACCGCCAUCGGCCCCGCCCACACCCAACGGCCACGCCCCUCAGCCUCCGCCUGACAGCGAGCAGGACGACCAGGAGCUGGUGCUGGUGAUGCAGGACUUUGUGGCGGUUCGGGAGGACGAGAUCUCCGUGUAUCGCGGUGAAAAGGUUCAGAUUCUGGCGUCUAACCAGCAGGGUCAGAGCCUGGUGUACCGGCCGGCCAACAGCGACUCGCCAGCCGCCGAGGGCUGGGUGCCACGGAGCGUGCUCAACACACACUGACACACACAAACACACAACCACACACUGACAGCAGAGUCCGCUUUACUGCGAGUACACUCGUCAAAUACUGCAAGGUCAAAGGGCAGAGGCAUGCUGGGAGGUUCUUUUACAGCAGCGAGCGGUGGAGCCUUGGAAUGGCAACAUCAGCUUGUCUAAUACAACCAAAAACAUGGUCCUGAUGUUCUUGUAGCGCCACCAUCAGGGCAAACCAGAAAAGCUGGAUUUCCGUUAAAGUUAAGUUCCAUAUGGUUAAAAGUUCAUGAGAUUGUGGGGCUGCAACUAACACGUGUCACCAUUAUCUGUUAAUUUAUCGCUUAUUUUACCACCAUUAUUAAUUAUUUAUCUGUUUGGUUCUUUUUCAGGCCAUUAUCGAUUAAUGUACCAUCUUUAUCUAUAAUCGAUUAAUUUACGUGAAAUUUAAUUUUAAUUAUCAGUUAAUUUGUUAUUUUCGCACCAUUAUUAAUUCAUUUAUCUGUUAUUUUGUCAUUAUUAUACAUUUAUUUAUCUAUUAUUUUCUCAUCAGAAUCAAUUAAUUGCCUGUUUGGCCAUUAUUGGUUAAUUUAUUGUCUUUUUCUUGAAAUAUUUGAUAAAUUUACAUGUCAUUUUCACAUUUUUUAUUAACUUUUUUAACUGUUCGUAAUUUUUCCGCCAUUUUUGAUUAACCAGAUUUUUUUCAGGCCAUUAUCUGUUAAUUUCUUUUUCUCGUCAUUUUUUAAUUAAUUAACCUGUUAUUUUUGCGCCAUUCCUGCUAUUGGUGAUACAUUUUAUUUAUUUAUUUUCACAGCUUUAUCAGUCAACUUAUCAUUAAUCUCUACAAUAAGAAGUUGCUCCAAAGGGUGAAAUUUGCUUCUGACUUCCAAUUCUUUCAUUAGAUUAAACAUUGGAGGUGAAUCUAUCCAGUGUUUUAGAUUUAAAAAAGCAAACAUUCUAAACAAAUCUGACAAAAUAAAGGCUCCACAUUCAUGAGUGUUGACUGAUGGCUCUGAUUACCUGCCAGUAUUAAAACACACACACACUCCCAGCAGCAGGUACUGUUAGUCUCCUCCCUCCUUCCUGGUGCUUCAACAUUCAGCCAAAAAAAACACACACACACACACACACACACCUCCGUCCUCGCCUCGUUUACUGCCCCCGAGCAAACCAACCGCACUCUGAUGACGUCACAAACUGUUGUGGGAGGGAGACCACAUGACCACAUCAUCAUCAUCAUCAUCAUCAUCAUCAUCACUACUAACAACAACAAACUGGGAUUCCGUGAAGCUGCGAGACAAUAUAAAAAAAUUAAAUAUAAAAUAAAAUAAAAGCCUCACGGAAGAGAAGAGGUGAAAAAGACCCGGCAGCCAAUCAGAACGGAGCUCUUUCUCUGCGUGUCAUCCUGUUAAUAGUGUGUAUAAACAGACUGAGGACACACACACUCCAUACACACACCACUGCUACGAUGAAGAUGAAGAUAAUUAAGAAUAAUAGAAUCUGUUUUUCACCUCAAUUAGAAAAAGAAAAAACUGUUUGUCAUAUUAAUGUGUGCGUGUGUGUGUGAGAGAGAGCGUGUGUGUGUGUGUGUGUGUUUGUGACGACGUCCUGUGUGUGUGUUUUUUUCCACGGACAGUUAGGUGGUGUCCCGGUGUAGCGUUUUUUUGUCUUUUUAGCGAAACCAGAGCUAGCGCCACCCCCCUCUCCUCCCCAACGCUGCCACCGCCUCCGAUACCGCCGACAUGGCAACCACUCCCCCCCACCCCACCCCCCCCUCCCCCUUGCGUGCAGCUCUGGUUAGUUUGGAUAUUCUGAUUAUGCAUUUCUUGUUCCUGUAUAUAGACCAGACCUACUCCACCAACUCUGGACACUGAAGCUGUCUCAACCUACUGUGACUGUCUGUUUCUACUGAACCUGUAACCUUCAACACGCUCUCUACCUGUCUCUCUACCUGUCUCUCUCUACCUCUCUGUCUCUCUCUCUCUCUCUCUCUCUGUUUCUCUGGUGCCAUUCUCAGACAACACCCCGGUCCUUAAGGAGCUAGCAGCCUGUCAUGUGUGGGGGUGGAGGCGGGACGUAGUGCACUAUGAAGGGUGAAGGGAGAGACACAGCAAAACUAUAAAGGGUUCAAGGUGGAACGCUGCCUUCAAAUGCAGCUCAUGAGGUUGUAUUUUUAAAAACCAAGCUGACUAAAAACUUAGAGGCAACACACACUGGCAUGCUCAAAACAGUUUCUCAACAAAACGCCUCAACACAACAAAAAGACGGAUUUUUGUAGGCAAACGGAAGUUGGCCGUGGGGUCUACUGAGAAAUUGCAACUACUUCACGUCCAGCAUUUAUAUGCAUUUAUUUAACUCUUAAACUGUCUUUUGUAACACCUAACCAGGAGUUAUUUUUGCCUUAACCUUGAGAAGUGGUUAUGUAGCAUAAAUUCAACAAAACUGCAGCCUUUUUUUUUUUUUACAACAGUGAACGGGAGCAUGUUUAUGUUCCCCGGGUCCUAUGUUCCCCUUUUUGUAUGAGACUGGAGAACAUAGGACCCUUUUCCCCCGCUUUUCCGAAAAAGGGUCCCAUGUUCCCUGGUCUGUUACUUUUUCCACCAUUACAACAUUUUGGGAGUAUGUCUAUGUUCCCUGGGUCCUAUGUUCCAAACCUGCAGGUCUCGAGCUAACCCUAACCCUAACCUCACAACAAUGGGGAACAUGUUCCCCAGUAUGUAUUGCUACAGGGGAAAAUAGGACCCUUUUUGGGAAAAACAGGGAACAUGGGACCUUUUUCAAAAAAAGGGUGAACAUAGGACCAGGGCAACAUAGGGAUGACCCCCAGUGAACCUUAUGAUGUCCUGCAACCAGAAGGGUCGCUAUUCUGGGAAACGCUCCAAUGCGUAUCAUAUGCACGCAAAAUUAUAUAUUUUUUGCGUAUGCAUUGCAUAAUAUUGCAUAAUAAUUUGAAAGUGUAAACACGUGUUAUUUGUUUGCAGAUUGGCGAGACCCGGUUGAUAUUUAUAGCAAAACCAGAAGGGCCAUCAAAGAGAGCAGACCCUUAAAAAAAUAUGAGACUGGUAGUUUUACUGUAACUAGCUGAAAAUGUUCCGACACUCAAGACUUUAACCUGCUGCAACUCAACAACACACAACCCUUUCAUUCCCAACAUGUCCUGAGGAUUUUGUUUAAAAUUGAGCUUUUGAAUCCAACCAUUAGACUAUUAAGUGAAGUGUCCAGUGUGUGUUGCACUUAAUGCCGCAUUAAUGUCAUAGGGAAGUUGCCCAACGUGUAAACAGCGUUCACGUCAACGGCCAAGAAGUAUUCAAAUCUGGCAUGAAACUAAACAGGUAAAGUGAAACAAAAAUGGAUUUCUCAAGUCUGUUGUUCAAUGUAUUUAAAUAUAAACUUCACAGUAGUUUUUAAAGUUGUCAUGACAUGAACGCUCUUUCCCGUCCCAUGUCACAUGCACACGGUACACAAUAAAUCAGCUGAAGGAUACUUUAAAGGGAUAGUCCAGGACUUUGAACAUUAAGUUGUAUGAAAUACUUGCCAGUAGUGUAGUGGAUGCAAAGCUAUUAACUUACUUGCCGAGCUCCUGUGUCGGAGUUCUGGUCAGUUCCUAUUUUAGAAUAGACAGAUCCGGCAAGCUGGCAGGGUCACAAACUACAAGGUUUUACUCAACAAAACUAUGUGUCGAGUAAAAGGUCACCCAACAACUAAACAUUGGCCUUUGUGCUUAUCAGAAAACAUUUUGGGAGCGUGUCUAUGUUUCUCGGGCCCCAUGUUCCAUAUGCAAAUAGGCCUAGAUGAGGAAAGAUUAGGUCAGGGUGGCAAACCUGCAGGUCUCGAGCUAACCCUAACCUUAACCCUAACCCCACAACAGUGGGGAGCAUAGGACCUUUUUUCAGAGAAAGGGUCCUAUGCUCCCCGGUAUGUAUUGCUACAGGGGAACAUAGGACCCUUUUUGUGAAAAAAGGGGAACAUUGGACUUUUUUUCUAAAAAAGGGAGUGGGGAACAUAGGACCCGGGGAACAUAGGUCCCAGGGAACAUAGGGAUGACCCCAACAUUUUCACUUGGCUCUAUUUUGUUUCUUGAAAAAGCCAGUAAAUACAAUGACAGUGCAUGGUAAUAUUGUAAAUGGCAAGUAUUUCAUUAAACUUAAUGUCCAAAAUCCUGAUCUAUCCCUUUAAAAAUAAAAAAAUAAAACACUACCUUUGUUCCCUUUUCAGGAAUGUCGAUGUUGUGAUCAGGAAUGCAAAAAAAAAAAAAACACACAAAAAACAAGAGUAAAAAACAAAGAAAGUAACAUAUAUGGGGUCCAAUAUCUUUAUUAAAACGUCACAACUUGUGAACUCGGAGUGCACCAGAAGGAUUUAAGGUGGAUUGUAGUGCACUAUGAAGAGCACUAGAUGGCAAUAGUGCACUUUAGAGAUGAAACAAGUGCAUGAUGAAGAGUUUAGGGUAGAGGGUGGUGCACUAUGGAGGGUUUAGGGUGCAAAAAAGUGCACAAGAUUUUAGGGUAAACACUAUAAAGAGUUCCAGUCAAACAUGUGAAGGGAAGGUAGUGCACUGAAAAGGGUUUAAGGAGGAAAAUAGCACACUGUGGAGGGCCGACUGCUGCAGGUAGUGCACUAGGAAAGGUUAAAGGUGUAAAGUUGUGUACUACUGUGGGUUUAGGGUUUGAAAAUAGUGCACUACAAAGGGCGUAGGGUGCUGUUUGAGACCUAGCCUUGUUGCCGAUCGGCAAACUCAACUAACCAAUCAAACAGUGUUAUUUGUACAGAACUAACAGCUGCUAACUGACUGCUAACAGCUCUCUGUCGUUGUUUGUAAUAAACUUCAUUUUUCAUCCAAAA